GCUUUAGGGGAGCAAACGGUGGAGAAAUAUUUCCAGGAGGUGGUUGCAGCCGUGGAGAUGAGCGUGAAGCUCGGCGCAGGAGGUCGAACAGUUUAUCUGAAAAAACUAAAACACAUAUACAGAGACAUCUUGUCCACCUCCACAGAAGGAAAAAACAGUCUGAAUCAUUCUGGGUGCAGCGCUGCGAUGCCCCCUCCAGAGGUCAACUUCAUCUUGUGGACAGACGAAGAUGUCCUAUGGAACGUGCUGGCAGACUUCGCCUGUGGUUCCUGCUCUAACUCCGCCAGCAUCGAUGAAGAAGACAAGGACAAGAGAGACUCGGUGCGGUCUGAGGACAGCGGGAUAGAGAGAGACCUGAAGGACUUUGAGGACGCAGUCCCGUCUCCUGUCACACACACUGCACCAGUGAUCAGACGGAGGAACGCCUUCAAGUCCAUGAGACCAGGAGACAGACUGAGCCUCAUGAAGGACAAGAUGGACACGUUUCCCGGAGGCUCUGCGACCCUUAAAGAAGACGGGAGGCGUCACACGGCUCGGGUGGUGGUGAUGGGGGACGACCGCGUGCUGGGAAGACUUGCAAGGACGUAUCACUCCAUCCGAGAAAGAGAGUCGAAACGUCUUCUUCUGACGAAGAAACUGAAUCUACGGUUGUACUACGUCCCGGUCAGCGACGUGGAGUCGUCCGUCAGUUUACCUGCGAGCCACGCAGACUCGCUCAGAGCGUCGCAGACUGACUGGUAUUGUGCAGAGGACUCUGAAGGACUCUGCAGCACCGGUUAUUCCUCUCCGGAUCGCCCGCGCCAGGACGGAGGCAGACUGUCUCUCGCCGCCUCGUUGGGCAGAGCGGAUCCGUGGUACCACAGCAACGUCAACAGUCUGGCAACUACAGUCUCCAAACUGGGAGAAAUG